UAGCAGAGAGAGAGAGAGAGAGAGACAGUGGGUAGAUAUACAUGCGUAUAGUGAUAGAGAGAGAGAGAGAGAGACGGUGGGUAGAUACAUGCGUAUAUCUCUCUCAAUCACACACACUAGUAGUAGUAAUGUCCUUGUCUUUGGAGUUCGGACCUUGAAAUAAAUACAACUGCUUUUCUUCCACCGACGCUAAAUCACAGAGAGAGAGAGAGUGGUCGGUCGUUGGUGGUCAAUCUGAUCAUGUCUUCCGGCAGGUAUAUGGCCUACUCCCCCUCUCCUUCCGCCCCUCACUCUCCUCACAUCGCCGGUCUCCGCUCCUCCUCCUCCUCCACCCUCACCCUCACCCUCGUCGACCAAGACAAGUAUCUAUCUGAGCUACUUGCAGAGCGUCACAAAAUUAGUCCAUUUAUGGCCGUGCUUCCUCAUAGUUAUCGUUUGUUGAAUCAGGGUGAGUGUGGAAAUCCAUUGUUGUUACACACGUUAUUGGAAAAGUUGGAAAUAUUGCGUGUAACCACACUGUUGGGGAAUGCGUCAGUUUUAGAUCAAAGUGGGCUUGAACAUGCUAGCCCCCUGGCUUCAGGAGGAAUAUUUUCAAAUGGAGGAGCCACUGUGAACAGAUGGGCAUCACCGUUUCAAUCAGAAAUGUCAGGUUUAUUGCAGCCCUCAUCUGCACAAAACUGGCUUGGUUCUCAAGGCAGUUCAUCUGGUCUUAUAGUGAAGAGAACAAUGAGGGUGGAUAUCCCAGUUGAUCAAUAUCCUAAUUUCAAUUUUGUUGGCCGCCUCCUUGGUCCUAGAGGGAACUCACUCAAGAGAGUAGAGGCAAGUACUGAGUGCCGUGUUCUAAUCAGAGGGCGUGGCAGCAUCAAGGAUCCCGUUAAGGAAGAGAUGAUGCGGGGGAAACCUGGGUAUGAGCAUCUGAAUGAACCUCUCCACAUACUUGUUGAGGCAGAAUUGCCAGUAGAGAUAGUUGAUGCUCGUUUAAUGCAAGCGCGUGAAAUACUUGAAGAUCUGCUCAAGCCUGUGGAUGAAUCUCAGGAUUUCUACAAGAAACAACAGCUCCGAGAGCUUGCAAUGCUCAAUGGUACACUUCGUGAUGAAGGUUCUCAAAUGUCGGGUUCUGUAUCCCCCUUCCACAACAGCCUCGGUAUGAAGAGGGCCAAGACUAGGGGGUAAAUGGGUGGGUCACUUUUAUUAGUGGGCUUUUGGAGCUUGUGUGUUAUAGUCUCUGCCAUUAAACAGCAGUUUCCACACCAUAGGUGUUGCUGCUGGGCCAAGCCAAUGCCUCCAACUGCCAUCGGGGCACUGGCACCAUUUGCGUGCCAGUUCUAACGUGUUUCUAUAAUGAUAGAUUAUGAAGUGUGUGUGCAUCUUCUAUUUGGGGGCGUUUUAAUGAGACGGUAUAUAUAUAUAUGUCAUGGUAAAAAGGACCAUCCGGGUCUAGGGGUUUGCUUCCGGAUGUUGUUUCUUUAGGCAGUUUUGGUUAGAACAUUGUGUCUCCAAGAUCGUCCUUGUAUUGUAUUAUUGGAUUUAUUGUAAGCGUGUGAUUACAGUUUUGAUAGAGUCGAGAAUUCCGAGUUGACGUAUUUUGUAUACAGAGUGAGGUGAGUGGUGAUCUAUUUAGGUAAAUGUUACUUGGGAAUGUAGUGUUCUGUGCUUUCAAGUGGAGAUGGUGUACUUAGAUGUGUUGAACAUAUAGCUUCUUUUUUUUCUUUCUUUUUUUUUCGUCAAUUUUUAUUUUGAAUUUCAGUGUGA